AUGAUCUUCAGGGCUGUUUCUGCUUGGGGCUCGCAAAGGGCGCCAUCGCCCAAUGCUCGGUUUUUAAUGUUUUGCAUACCGCCCCCAGAACUCGACCCUGGAAUUUCGGGCCUCGAGAAACACUCUUUAAAGGAAAACCCCGUGUUGGGGUUUUUAAAGGGGAAGAACAAUGGAGACUUAAAGUUGAUAUCUGACAAAUUCAUUACAGGGAGAGUAGAAUUAAGGGUUUUUUACAAUAGGCAACAGAUAUUGAGAAUUCUCGAGAGCGUUUUAAGCAAGGGCGGAUUGGUCAAGAAUUCUUGCUCUGAGGCCAGGAAUUACAAGAAGUCCGAGGGCCCAAAAAACAAGAAACUCCAGGCCAAGAAAAGCAAGAACUCCCGCCAAAAAAAGCAAGAACUCCCCGGCCCAAAAAGCAAGAACUCCAGGCCCAAAAAAGCAAAAACUCCCGGCCAAGAAAGCAAGAACUCCAGGGCCAAGAAAAGCAAGAACUCCCAGGCCAAAAAGCAAGAACUCCCAGGCCAAGAAAGCAAGAACUCCCAGGCCAAGAAAAGCAAGAAAUCCCGGGCCAAAAAAAGCAAGAACUCCCAGGCCAAGAAAAGCAAGAACUCCCAAAACCCAAAAAAAGCAAGAACUCCCAGGCCAAGAAAAGCAAGAACUCCCAGGCCAAGAAAAGCAAGAACCCCGGACCAAAAAAAAGCAAGAACUCCCAGGCCAAGAAAUGCAAGAACUCUCGGCCAGAAAAACAAGAACUCCCAAAGGGCCCAAAAAAAGCAAGAACUCUCAGGCCAAGAAAUGCUUAAGCAAGCUGGAAAGUCUACGCUUGAACUCGAGUAUCUUCCACGAGAAACAUUUUAA